UUAGCCCUUGUGAUGAGUACAAGUUUAUAGGAAUUAGUUCUGAAAGUAUCUAGCUACGUUACCUAGUGGAUUAGACUUUGCGGUAGGCCUUUCGCUAAUCGUUAUCUUAAUCUGAAUCUAGCCGAAGAGUUUAGUCCAAAUAAGAAAGAUGAACAUCUCAGUUGAAUCACUUAACCCCCAGUGCGCAGCACGUAGCCUUGGUCCAGCAAAUGCUGCUAUAAAUACUUUACUGCAGACAUUAUUAGCCGCUCAAUGUGGACUCACCGGUUGUCAAAAAUGGCCUGAAAAUUAUGGUCCUCAUUAUGUUAACAAAGGAAGCGAAAUCUUUGAUUUUGUGGUGAUCGGAAGUGGACCAGGCGGUUCAGUGGUCGCAGGACGACUUAGUGAAAAUCCAGAUUAUCGGGUACUAUUAAUUGAAGCGGGGGAUAAUCCUCCUGUCGAAUCAGAAAUUCCAAAUAUGGCACAAGCUCUUCAGGGGGGUAGAGUUGACUGGAAUUACACAACAGAACCAAACUAUAAGUCAUGUUUGGAUUUUCCCAAUAGCUUCUGCCCUUGGCCUCAGGGAAAAAUGUUAGGUGGAUCCUCAGCCAAUAACGGUAUGCAGUUCAUUCUAGGAAAUCGAAGAGAUUUUGAAAUUUGGAAAAGUAUGGGAAACCCAACAUGGGGAUGGAAUAAUGUUUUCGAGCAUUUUCGUAAAUUGGAAGAUUACAAAGCUCCUAAUCCAUAUCAUGUGCAUGGAACCAGAGGUCCAUUAGUAGUAGAUCGAUUUAACGGAGGAUUACAAGAAAUAAAAAGAUUGAUCUUCCACGCGGCCAAAGAAGGCGGGUAUGAGUUUGUUGAUGAUUUUCGUGAUGGACAUUAUUUAGGUUAUGGACUGAUGAAUGGUUUGAUAAUAAAUGGACAACGAAAUACACCCGCCAAAGCUUUCCUGCAGAAUAUUAAACCAAACCUCGUAGUAGUCAAGAAUGCAGUUGCCACCAAAAUCAAUUUCGAUAAAGACAAAAACGCUCAAUCCGUCACUUUCGUAUAUACAGAUAAAGACAACGUCCGCCAUCAGUUGACAGCGGAAAACUCUAAAGAAAUAAUUUUGAGUGCUGGCACCAUCGAGAGUCCCAAAUUGCUUAUGCUGUCUGGGAUAGGUAGUCGAAAGCAUCUAGAAUCUUAUGGUAUCCCCGUAAUAAGUGAUCUACCAGUCGGCGAAAACCUCAAAGACCACGUUGCCGUUACACUCGUUUUCAAAAUCGAGACACAUCUAAAUAACCCGAAAGAUACAUUGUAUGAUUACCUCAUUCAUCGCUCAGGAUAUUUGGCAGGAGUAAAUGUGUUAGAUGCAGCCGGUUUCGUUGAUGUCAACAAUGAAUCAGGAUUAUAUCCCACAAUACAAAUCCACCACUUAUGGUAUCCAAAACAUACAAAACAAUCCGAAUUUGCUAUACUGGGUUCAUUGCAACAGUUCCUAAGGGAUGAUGUACAAGAAACCGAGAUACUAGCAAUGUUGUUCGUUCUAAUAUGCCCAAAGUCAAAAGGGUACAUAAAAUUGAAAAGCACAGAUUAUCUUGAACAACCGGAAAUAUUUCCAAAUUAUUUAUCUGAGUAUGAAGAUGUCAGGCUUCUUCGUGAAGCCAUCAGGCUCGGAAUAAAACUUAAGAAGACACCUAUCUUCAGAAAGUACGGGUUGGAGCUUUACCGGAUAAACCAUCCUAAAUGCGAUGAUUUUAUUUUCGAUACAGAUGAAUAUUGGGAUUGUUACAUAAGACAUACCAACAACAUCAACUAUCAUCCAGCUGGUACUGCCAAAAUGGGACCAAUUAAUGAUAAAGCAACCGUCGUUGACUCUAGACUUCGGGUUAAAGGUGUGGGAAGACUACGGGUAAUCGACGCUAGCAUUAUGCCGGAAAUCGUGAGUGCCAAUUUACAGGCAACUGUAUCUGUGAUAGGAGCAAAAGGCGCUGAUUUCAUCAAAGAGGAAUGGAAUAAUUGAUUUAUCAAAACGAGUUAAAUGUGAAUAGCGUAAAUUGGUAUCUAAUUCGACUUAAAAUACUUUCUAAUUUAAUUUUCUCCAUCUAUC